CCCAAAAGCUCUAGUUUUUCUGUUCAUUUUCAAGUCUUCGAUCCAUCCGAAAUCGUGUUAUUGUGGUGGGGGAAUGGCUCACUUCACUAUUCCCCCAUACAGACAACUAUUCCGUGAGCAUUUACUGUUCAAGGGUGUGUUACACAACUUGUUAUUCCUUUACUAAAGAGUUCGAUACUUUGCUAAUAAAGUCAUGUUUUUGCUUACUUACCUCCUGUACCACUCGUAAGAGUUUUGCGUCUGUUAACUUAUUCAUUACAUGCGAAAAGUGCCACCGCAGGCUUCUUUGGCCCGUGAAUAUUUCAGGUAAUAAAUUCCCAGGCUACCAACGGCCUGCGAACGACCGCCUCCCUCAGAAGCUCCGCCCCGCGGACGCCAAUGCCCGCCUUUUUCCUGAGGACGCAACACGCAGGCGCGGCCGGACCCGAGCUCCCGCGCCGCACAAUGAGUUGCGCCUGCGCCGGCAAACGCCCCGCCCCUCCUCCUCUGGUCCUCUAUAAAGCCUCGAGCUUCUCCUCGCGAGAGACUUCGUUCUCAUGCUCGCUGCAGGGGUCGGAGGUCAGAGCGAGCGUCUCGCGGGCCGUAGGAGGAAGAUGGCGGUGGAGUCGCGCGUUACCCAGGAGGAAAUUAAGAAGGAGCCGGAGAAACCGAUCGAUCGGGAGAAAGUAUGGGGUCCGGAAAGAGGUGGAGACGUGCCCGCUGCUGCUGCGUGUUUUCACCACCAAUAACGGCCGCCACCACCGAAUGGACGAAUUCUCCCGCGGAAACGUACCGUCCAGCGAACUGCAGAUCUACACUUGAUCCUAAAAGGCCUGGCUAUCGAGUAAAGGAGAUUGGCAGCACCAUGUCUGGGAGGAAGGGGACUGAUGACUCCAUGACCCUGCAGUCGCAGAAGUUCCAAAUAGGAGACUAUCUGGACAUAGCAAUCACCCCUCCAAAUCGGGCACCGCCUCCUUCAGGGCGCAUGAGACCAUAUUAAAUUUUAUUUACUAUUCCUUGAA